CUUGGCCACACAACAUUUUACCAAAAAGUGUCGAGGUCGACGUCUGAAGGCACGACUUGCUGUGUGUGUCCUGCGGAUUCGACGCAGCUAUAACUCAGGACACUUGUUAGACACUAGUACCCGUACAAGAUGGAGGAGAAGGGCUCGGAUACCGUGGGUGUGACGCUCUACCCGGCCGACUAUGAGGCCGUAGAAAUGGUGACUGACCAGGGCAAGGAGAUCCUCCAACAGGAGUUUACUGAGGCGCAGCUGUUCCUGCACUCGAUCCAGGAGUUGGAGCGUGUGCGUACGGAGCGCAAGAAGAAGAAACAGAAGACGGAGGACGGUGCCGAUGAGCAGGUUGGUGAGGUGAAGACUGAGGAUACUGACGAGUCUAUGGAGACCACUGAAGCCGCGGAGAAGCUCGAGGAGAAGCUCGAGGAUGCCGACGAAGAAGAGGACGUCAUCGAUCCGAGAAUCCACUACCGCCCGAUGGUGGCGGAGCUCCAAGCAGCAGUCGCAGAGUUGCACCAACUCAUCAAUUCAAUUGAUUUGAUUCGCCGUCGUGACUUUUUGGAGGAAAUGCGCUGUAUUCGGGAAAAUACGGCGCCUAAGAGAGAGGAACUGGAGCAUCUUGUGGAGGCGAAGCAUGCGCAGGUGAAGGAGAGUGGCACGAUUUUGCUGGAUGGUGUUGAAGCACUGGCAAAAACCGUGGAGAAGGAGAGUGUAUUUUUCCAGGGUAUCACGCAGAUGCUGCGCAAGUGGAAGAUCUGCGCACCCAUCCACGGAAAUAUCCCCAAGCCGUUCCGAGCGGGCGAACCACUGGCGGUGGACUGCAGCUACGGUAGCGCGGGAUCGUUUUUCGUGCCACAGACCCGAUCUAUCGCUGAUCUCGCGUAUGCCGAGCUGAGCCGCACUGAGAAGGGACUUGUUCGCGUGAAAACACCUGAAGAUUUCCUGGCCCGCACAAUCCAGAUCAAAUUAGAAGCGAAAGAUACCGGAAAGGAGGGAACGUUCACAUUGCCGUCACCUCACCUUAUUCAUAUGACCAAAGCAGAGAUGGAUAAACUCGAGGACACACCCGAAGAUUUGAAAACCCUGGAGGAGCGCAAUGUAUCAAUUCUCAAGGCCGUACAGUUCUCUGUGUUCUGCGAAGAACUCUUUUACACAUUGAUGAAGGAGGCGCUUCAGAAUACGUCGAAAUGGACAGACACAGCGUACAACAUCAGCAACUAUGCAGUGAAGAAGCACGGCAGGGAUAACAGCUCAAGUGACACGUACAUUUCCGUUAUGCAAGUGUUGGAUGAUGAGAUUCAGCUCCGCGUGAACGAGCGAUACCACUUGACUAUCAAACUUGUAGACGUAAAGAGUUUGUCAAAGAACAAGGAUGUGUCGACGGAGGAAAAGAAGACGAACGAAGAGGCUUCCAGUGGAGACCAAGACGCUGUAGAUGUGAAGGAAGAGCCAGUAGAGGAUGCACCGUUGCCGACGAGCAGCCCAGGCAAGCCACGACGUGCAUCAUCCAUUUCAUACUCAACCCCCGCCGACAGUGACGAAGCUUUCCUGACGCAGACCUGUCGGUAUACUCUGUUGCUGCUGCAACAAGAAAUACGGACACGUCACGGCCGAAAGGAUAUCUCCCGGGCAUUGCUGUACACAGGCUUGGAUAUUUCGACAACAGCUGGAGGUGGCGUGAACUCUAGCACGGGUGCAGGCGCUGCAGGUAUGGGUCCAGCAAGUGAGGCAGACAAGCACGACAACACUCCUGGAACGCUGGCUACAGUCUUGACUGUCCUGGCGCAUAACUUGCUGAAAAACGAGGUGGCACGAUACCUGGAUGAGGUAUCUUCGGUGCUUGCCUUCCAGAAGCUCCAAACAUCAGCGUCAGGUCGCGUCUUGGAUGAUGGUUUGCUGCAGCCAAUAUGCGAUUCGGUACGCGGCGUGUAUGUGGGUCCUCGGUGGAAAACUUGCGCGUUUGACUCGACUUUGUCAGCUUUUGACUUGAAUAUCGGCAAGAACUUCUCGACAGAGGUGCUCAUUUCUGGAGCACGGAUUCUUCUUCAGACGGGGAUAGCGUCUCAACGCGAGGUGUCUGGCGUAGAAGGUCUGCGCGAAUUUGUGGAGACGACUGUGUGCUCUCAGGUAGCGUUGGCACUGCACCACGACGCGUUGUCGUUCGGAUUGAAGCAGAGCUCGAUGAAUUUGGACCGCACGAGCGUCCGUCUUGUGGUCACGGGCGAGUGGGAUGGCAGUUGCAUUGGCGAAGGUCGCGUGUCCGAUACACGCGCAGUUGGCUCGAUCUUCCUGGAGCCAUACUUUGCAGCUGAUGGCAGCUUGGCCAUCAAUUGUUUACUGCAGGCGGUCGAUGCAAGCAAGCUAGCGCCCGUACAAGCUACACUCUGUCGCUCUGCGUCUGGUGAGGUGCAUAAAGUCGAGUGGAAGCGGAUACCAGGCUCGAACGACGCCGGUAAAAUGCUCUGGCUCAUGCAAAAGACCGGCGUGCUAUCAGACCCAUUCAAGGGCUCUACUAAGUCGAAGGCAGUGCUAUCUAACGGCAACUGAGUAGAUCAAAAGCCUUGGAUCAGGCACUAAAAGCAACAGCACGAAUUUCUUUUGACGUUAGAACCCCGUGUAUCUGUCUUUAAUGAACAACCGACAAAGUUCACAGGGCAGCAACAACUUAGCUGCGAGCGGGACGCGGGGCCGGGUCGGUUCCAGACAAGCGCUUGAAGAUGGCGUCCAGUUGGUCGGCCACCAGCUCGUAGCCGCCAUUGCCCUGCAGCGCACGGUGCACCUGCUCGUUCAGACCGCCAGGCGUGGCUGCUUCGUCGGCCAUCUCUCCAAAGCCUUCGUUGGACUCGGCACCGGCCGUGGCCAGUGCGUGGAAGAAGGAUGCAAUGUAGUCGCGCGAAGCCUGGUCGCCUGUCCAUGCCAAAGAUUUGAUAUUAACACAUUGAUUCCCAAUAAACUUGAUCCAGUAGUCAAGAGAAUAGCACGUACCGACACCGUUGUUGACACACCACUUCUGGGUGGUAUCGCACGUGGCG